GGCGCGGAGCAUGGCGCUGUACGCUGCAGCGGCGGCCGUGCUGGCCGGCGUGGAGAGUCGCCAGGGCUCCCUCAAGGGGCUGGUGUACGGCAGCAGCUUCCAGAACGUGAAGCAGCUGUACGCGCUGGUGUGCGAGACGCAGCGCUACUCCGCCGUGCUGGACGCAGUGAUCGCCAGCGCCGGCCUCCUCCGCGCCGAGAAGAAGCUGCGGCCGCACCUGGCCAAGGUGCUAGUAUAUGAAUUAUUGCUGGGAAGAGGCUUUAAAGGGCGCGGGGGCCGAUGGAAGCCUCUGCUGGACCGGCACCAGGCAAGGCUGAAGGCCGAGUUGGCCCGGCUCAAGGUUCGCCGAGGUGUGAGCCAGAAUGAGGACCUGUUGGAAGGGAGAUCCAAACCUGACCCAGCCUCCCAGGUGCCUCGAUUUGUGCGAGUGAACACUCUGAAGACCUCCUCUGAGGAUGCAGUUGAUUAUUUUAAGAGACAAGGAUUCUCCUACCAGGGUCGGGCUUCCAGAUGCCACAUAAAA